UUGUGAUUGGUCCGCAGGAACGCCUCGGAGCGCGCGCGCGCGCGGGAGCGAGCUUUAAAAGUUGAGCACGGCGGCGGCGAGCCGGUGUCUCCGGGUCGGGAUGGAGCUGCGGGGCCUCUCGAGCGGCCUGCAUCCUUGGUGCCCGCUGGAUCUUAACCUCGAAUGGGUGGACACAGUGUGGGAACUGGACUUCACAGAGACAGAGCCUUUGGAUCCCAGCAUAGAAGCAGAGAUCUUAGAGAAUGGACUGAACACAUUCACAAAACUCUAUGAAAGUCUUUUCCCCUUUGCUACUGAAGAACAUGGAUCUGUGGAGAGCGUCUGGACCUUCCUCAUCGAGAACAGCAUCUCCCACCGGACACUGGUGGCGCUCUUCUACCACUUCAUCCAGGCGGCCCUUGGGAAGGGCGCCAGCGCGCAGUGCCGCGAGUACGGCCUUCACGCUGCCGGGCUGUAUUUCUUGCUGCUGGAGGUCCCAGGCAGCAUAGCCAACCAGGUGUUCCACCCGGUGAUGUUUGACAAGUGCAUUCAGAUACUGAAGAAGAGCUGGCCUCAGGAAUGGACCCUCAGUCGGAAAAGAAAGAAGGACCAACCUUUGAGCUCUCAGGGUAACCCACGGGGGACUAGGAAAAGAGGAAGGCCGCCCAGGAAAGAGGACGUUGAGAUGGAUGAGAUUGUAGAAGAUGAAGAGAACAUCUGUUUUUCUACCCUGGACCUUUCUCAAAUUCGAAAUGCCGUCUUUCACCUUUUGAAGAAUUUUUUAAGGCUUCUUCCCAAGUUUUCCCUGAAAGAAAAGCCGCAGUGUGUACAGAAUUGUAUAGAGGUCUUUGUUGCCUUAACUAGCUUCGAGCCAGUACUUCAUGAAUUCCAUGUUACCCAAGCCAGAAACCUUGACCACGUGAAGUCCAUACCAGAGCUGGCUUAUCACGGGUUAUAUCUGCUGUGCUCCCCGCUUCAUGGAGAAGGAUCCAAGGUGGUCAGUGGUGUUUUCCAUCAAAUGUUAAACGUGAUUUUGAUGCUGGAAGUGGGCGAGGGAGCCCACCGGGCCCCCCUGGCCAUUACCUCCCAAGUCCUGAACCGCAGGAACCAGGCCGUGCAGUUCAUCAGCUCCCUGGUGGACGAGCUGCAGGACAGCGUGUUCCCAGCCCUUCACGUCUUACUGCAGCACAUCUGUGCCAAGGUGGUUGAUAAAUCAGAAUACCGGACCCCCGCCGCCCAGUCCCUGGUGCAGCUGCUCGGCAAGCUUCCUUGUGUGCAGUACGCCGCGUUCAUCGCCUGGUUUUACAGAUACUCCCGGAGUCCCAAGAUCCCACACCGGAUUUUCACUCUCGAUGUGGUCUUAGCUCUGUUAGAGCUGCCUGAGAGGGAGACGGACAGCGCUGUCUCCCCGGAGCACCAGAAGUUCCUAAAGCACAAGUUCUUGGUGCAGGAGAUCAUGUUCGACCGGUGCUCAGACAAGGCGCCCACUGUGCGCAGCAAAGCGCUGUCCAGCUUUGCGCUUUGCCUGGAGUCGUCUGUCAGUAAGGCGUCGGAGAGCAUCCUGGAGCUCCUUUCCAGCGGUACUACCGUUUCAGGAAUACAAAUUCAGCCUAGUACCUCAGUGAGAAGUUCCUCCGUUUUUUUCCAUCAGAAGCAGACACUCAAUCCUUUAGAGCCUUCGGUGGAGAUGGACGUAGACAGCAAUGGGGACACAGGCGGCUCUGGGGCAGAAAGGUGUGUCUUGUCAAUGCUGAGGAUGAGGGUCAGGGAUGAGAAGACCAACGUCAGGAAGUCUGCGAUCCAGGUGCUGGUGAGCAUCUUGAAGCACUGUGACAUCUCGGGCAUGAAGGAAGACCUGGCGGUGCUGCAGGACGAGUGCCGGGACCCUGCCGUGUCUGUCCGGAAGCAGGCCCUGCAGUCCCUAACUGAACUUCUCACGGCCCAGCCUAGAUGUGCCCAGGUCCAGAAGGCCUGGCUGGCAGGGGUCACCCCGGCGGUGAUGGACUCCGAGAACUCCGUGCAGGAGAAGGCCCUGGAGGUCCUCGAUCAGCUCCUGCUGCAGAACGUCAAGCACAGCAGGGCGUUCCACAGCGCGGACGACGGCCAGGUGCUCGCCUGGGCGCUGCUGACCCUCCUCAACACGGAAAGCCAGGAGCUCAGCCGCUACUUAAAUAAGGCUUUUCAUAUCUGGUCCAAGACAGAGAAAUUCUCCUGCGCUUUCGUCAGCAAUGUGAUGUCUCACACUGGUACAGAGCGCUCUGCACCCGCCUGGAUGCUGCUCGCCAAGGUCUCCAGCUCCUCCCCCAGGCUGGGCUACGGCGACGUCAUAAAGUCCUGGGAGACCAUCAGCAGACAGCAGGACCCCAAUCCAAACACCCUCAGGCACAUCCUGUGUGUGCUUGGGCACAUCGCAAAGCACCUUCCGCAGAGCACGCGGGACAAGGUGGCCGGUGUUAUCAAACAGAAGCUGAAUGGAUUCCAGUGGUCCUUAGAGUUGAUCAGCUCCGCUGUUGAUACCCUGCAAAGUCUUUGUAGAGCAUCUGCAGAGACACUGAAGGAGGAACAGGGGCUCCUGAGUGAGGCGUGUGGGGAUGUGCUGUCCACCUGCGAGCUCCAACUCUCCAGCAUCCUUCUUAACGAGGACGGCGCAGGGAACAUGGACGAAGACCUGGUGGUAAAGUACCUUUUCACCUUAGGCGAUGUGGCUCAGCUAUGUCCAGCCAGGGUGGAGAAGCGAGUCUUCCUCCUGGUCCAGUCCAUUCUGGCCUCCGCAGCCGGCGUAAAUCCUGUGCCAGCGUCUUCAGAGGGCAGCGAGGCCCCAGCCCCUCGGCCACCCUUCCAGGCCCGGGAGUCUGCCAUGCCGUCUGUAAUCAGAGCACACGCCAUCAUCACCUUAGGUAAGCUGUGCUUACAGCAUGAGGACCUGGCGAAGCAGAGCAUCCCGGCCCUGGUGCGGGAGCUGGAGGCCUGCGAGGAGGGGGCCGUGCGCAACAACGUGGUGGUCGUGCUGUGCGACCUCUGCAUCCGCUACACCGUCAUGGUGGACAAGUACAUCCCCAACAUCGCCACGUGCCUGAAGGACUCGGACCCGUUCAUCAGGAAGCAGACGCUCACCCUGCUCACCAAUCUCUUGCAGGAAGAAUUCGUGAAAUGGAAGGGCUCUUUGUUCUUCCGGUUUGUCAGUACUCUGAUCGAUUCGCACCCAGACAUCGCCAGCUUCGGGAAGUUCUGCCUGGCCUUCCUGCUGCUGAAGAGGAGCCCCGCGCUGUUCUUCCAGCACUUCAUCGAGUGCAUCUUCCACUUCAACAGCUACGAGAAGCACGAGAAGUACAACAAGUUCCCGCAGUCGGAGAGAGAGAAGCGGCUGUUUUCCCUCGAGGGAAAGUCAAACAAGGAGAAACGAAUGAAGAUCUACAAGUUUCUGCUAGAGCACUUCACAGACGAGCAGCGAUUCAACAUCACCUCCAAGAUCUGCCUUAAUAUCCUGGCGUGCUUCGCCGACGGCGUUCUGCCCCUGGACAUGGAGGCCAGUGAGCUGCUCUCAGAUACCUUCGAGAUCCUCAGCUCCAAGGAGAUCAAGCUCUUGGCCAUGAGAUCAAGACCAGACGAGGACCUCCUUGUGGAAGACGAUGACAUGGCGUUGGCCAAUGCAGUCAGGCAGGAAGCCCAGAAGAAGCUCAUCUCGCACGUGCAGAAGAGGAACUUCAUAGAGAACAUUAUUCCAAUCAUCAUCUCCCUGAAGACCGUGCUCGAGAAGAGUAAAAUCCCGGCCCUGCGGGAGCUCAUGAACUACCUGAAGGAGGUGAUGCAGGAUUACCGGGAUGAAGUCAAGGAUUUCUUCGCGGUCGACAGACAGCUGGCAGCGGAGCUGGAGUAUGACAUGAAGAAGUACGAUGAGCAGCUGGCCCAGGAGCAGGAGCGGGCGCAGCGCGCGGAGGCUGCUCCAGGGUUAGAAACCAUGCCGGCUCCUGCUAGCCAAGAGAAUCCCACCACAUCCCACGUGGCCAGCCAGCCCUCGACACCCGGGGCGAGCGCUGGCCACGCCCCGACUUUGCCUCCUACCCCUGAGACGGGGUCGCAGAAGAGGUUCAUGCCCAAAGCCAGGCCCAUGUCCCUGAGCACCGCCGCCAUCCUCAACUCCGUCAAGAAAGCCGUGGAGUCAAAAAGCAGGCAGAAGAGCCGCAGCUCAGGCGUGCUGCCCUUCACGCUGAGCUCGGGAAGCCCCGAGAAAAUGGGUGGUCACGCAUCUUCAUACAGUUCGGACCAAGAGUCUAACGGAUCCAUCAACCUCGUAACGAAACGAGCCAUCAGCACCCCCAAGAACACCAUCGCAGACGUCACGUUUGGAGCAGGGGUCAGCUACAUAGGGACACCGCACGCUGCUCGGCCGGUCAGAGAGAAAACGGGAGCCCAGAGUGAAGGAAACGACAUUUUAUGCUUAUCGUUGCCCGAUAAACCACCCCCCCAGCCGAAGCCAUGGAACGUGAAGUCCCCGGUUAGGAGCGAAGGCAACACAGCCUCCAGCAGGCGGUCCCUCCGAAAGGCCCCCCUGAAAACAGCCAACUGAGAUGCUGCCUUCCAGCACCGAG